AUGGGAGACAAUGAAACCCGAAUCUCUUCUCCAUCUCUCUCUCUCUCUUUCUUCCUUCUCUCCAGUCAGAUCUACUGUAUAGAGAAUGCUCAUGGCCAGCUGGUGCGUGACCUGGACUUCAAUCCCAACCGACAGUACUACCUGGCCAGCUGUGGAGACGACUGCAAGGUCAAGUUCUGGGACGUCCGCAACGUCCAAGAGCCAGUCAAGACCCUGGAGGAGCACUCGCACUGGGUGUGGAGCGUCCGCUACAAUCACAGCCAUGAGCUGGUGUUGACAGCCAGCAGUGACAGCCGCCUCAUCCUCUCCAACAUGGUGUCCAUCUCCUCAGAGCCGUUUGGGCACCUGGUGGACGACGAGGAGCUCAGCGAGGGGGAGGACAACCACCAGGAGGACAAGAGUAAGGAGCCCCUGAAGGACAGCGUGGUGUCCACCUAUGAGGAACAUGAGGACAGCGUGUACGCAGCAGAGUGGUCUUCAGCCGACCCAUGGCUCUUUGCCUCGCUCAGCUACGACGGACGCCUCGUCAUCAACAGGGUACCCCGGGCCCUCAAGUACCGCAUCCUGCUGUGAGAGGGAGGGACAGGUGUGUGUGCAGUAAGAGUGUGUGAAAACACUAAAGACUCUGCAAACUGCAUAUGAAGGCAGCAACAAGACUGUGUGUGCGUGUGCGUGCGUGCGUGUGUGUGUGUGUCGUUUCAUUGUACUGAUGUUUAUGUUCUACUGACCGCUGUAACAUCAUCUGUGUUGCUUAACAGCAUUAAAGUAAAACCAUAACUUCUGGAUGAAAGCUUGAAAUGUGCUGCUUAAAUGUGAGCGAUAACCUCAUAAGGAACACGAGGAAUAUCCUUUUCUUUCCUGUGGCGUUAUUCCAUGAAGGCGACGGUGUGAAAGCAUUCUGAACACUCAUAUUCUAUCAUUCUCACUUAUGCUGCAUUAUGUUGGUUAUUAUUGUUGCUUCAUUACUAGUAACAGCACGUGUACUCCAGUCAUUAAUAUUCAUUUUAGAACCGUGUUGAUUUUGUCAAAAAUCAAGAAAAAUACAUGUUGACAACCAAUUUUUUUACAUAAAAAAACUACAACUUAGCAGACAUGAAUAUUUCAAGACAGGAGCUAUAACACAAUGGUAUUACUUUCAUCUACGAAUAAAAACUAAACAAUAAUGUUGAUCAAAUUAUCCCUCAAAAUAUUUCUCCUGCAGUAGAUUUAUCACUCUGACCUGUUAAGUAAUGUUACUCAUCGACAGACUUUUAAGCUGAACUCAUCUACAGAUGACAAUACGAAGCAGCAACAAAGCUGCAGAGACAAACUUCCAACACUCACACAGCACCAGACAUGCAUACAAAGGUGAGCUGAUGUUGAUGUAGUACAGGUGAUGUGAAUGUAGACAUAUUUUCAGUCACACAUCUUUCAUGUUGUCUGAAGGAAUGAGUCAGUUCCAGACUUCCAUCUAAAGCUUAAACCAAUAAUACUGGAUAAAUGCAUUCAUGUUUUCCAAUCAAGCAGUGUCUCUUCUCAAGCUAAACAAGUUAACCAGUGAAUCAUCUGUCAAACAAGCUGCUGCUCUUCAGCACAGAGAACAUGGAGUCAUGGUUAUGCUGCUGCUAAUGCUAGGUGAGCGAAAUGGAUAGAGAGAGGACAACCGCCUUUAACUGUUCUGUUUAGCUCCUGUAUGUUGUUCUCUAAUAGGAAUGACAGUUAUUUGUGUGCAGACGGUGAGAAAUGAACUACUGUGUGUCCAGGAACACUUGGUCACCUCUGUUUUAUUCUAGAAGAUGCAUUUUCUUCCAAAUUAACUCAUGGACAAAUGCAUAUUCUGUGUAUUUCCCAUUUACAGCAUAUCCAGGAUCAAUUAUGUUCCAUAUUUGUUUAUUCUCAUUGAAUUUCAAAGGCUUUUGAAUCCAUUUAUUAUGUUUUUUUUUUUUUAACUUCAAUUUGGAAAUGAAAACGUUAACUGAAUUUGCUGAGGAAAGUCUGAGCAGUGCCCAGCCGAGUGACGUGGACACUGAGCCAUGAGAAUAGAUCUUUAACCACGGAGAAAAUACCCAACGACUGCUAGAGCUGUGGCAUAGAGCGCUCAGAUGAGGCUAAAUUAUUACUGACUAAAAAGGUUUUAGUUGUUGGAACUAAAGCUAAUUAAAAACUAUUUAGCCGGAUAAAUUUCCAUCCAAUUAUAUUCUGCUUUUUGCUCUGUUUUUGGUCUCAACCUACUUUACUGGGUAUUUAGCUACCAAGCGCCCCAGUGUAUUCACCAGCUGUUACUUUGGGUGUCCCAGUAGUUCAACUGGUUGAGCAGGCGACCCAUAAACAGAGGCUAUGGUCCCUGUUGCAGUGAUCAUGGGUUCGUGGCCUUUUGCUGCAAGUCCUCCCUCCACUCUUCUCUCUCCUGUCCGAUAUAAAUACAGCCUAAAAGGCAAAAAUAAAUUAAAAAAUGACAUGUUGACAGUGGGAAGAAUGAACCAAAACUUGUAAUUUCUAUGUGGUGAAACCAAAACUGUGAGUUUACGUGUGUUAAAAUAGCCGAGAGCUGAGAGCAUCUGCGGAGUUUGGUGAUAUGUAAUUUCAUUAAAAUCAGCUAAUGUAUUGCAUGAUCCAUUGCUCACAUAAAAUACUGAUUGGAACAGAUUUUAGUCUAUAAAAUGCUAAGUCCCUGGCAGCUGUGUGUGUUUGUCUUUGUCUUGAUUUAGUUUUGCUUCGAUAACUAACGCAUCUGUUCCCAAAACUAUUGCUGGUUUUCAGUCUAUUGAUUAUGAAUUGACUAAUAAUUUUACUUUGGCUACACCAAAGUCCAGAUGUUACACGAAGAAACAACUAAAAUGAGAGAGGUCAUUUGAUUAAUUGGGGAAUGUGACACACAUCUGUCAACUUUUUGGUGUUCUUUCAUCGUGAUGUAACCUUUAUUAAGACUGGAUUUGUACUGACCAGAUGGAAUCACAAAGGAACUACCUUCCUGCUGUGGAUUUUCACUUCCUCCACCAUCACACACACACACACACACACACACACACACACACACACACACACACACACACACACACACACACACACACACACACACACACACACACACACACACACACACACACACACACACACCCGGCUCUUCACUCCUCGCUCUCCUGUCGUCCUCAUGCCCGCUUCCUCCCCUCCCAGUCUCUACUGUGUGUGUUGAGGCUGGUCGAAAGUGACAUUCUGAGCCUCUGACAGGCCUUUUAAUUGCAGCUUGACUCUAUGGAUCUCACAGACACACACACACACACACACACACACACACAAUAGUGGCAAGGGAGGGGCAUGGGCACUUCAUUAGCUAUGCCAGUCGGGGCAGGCAGCGCUGCGGCUGAAUACAGAAUAUAUUCGUCUGUCUAAUCAGAGAAGCUGCUCACACACACACGUACACACACUCGCAGAGGGCCCUUGUUACCCUACAGUCAAUUAUUGAGAGGACGGAUCAGGGUGGAGAUAUAUAGGGAUAGUGAGCGCUGAAAAGGUAAUCGCUGAAUCCUGCCCAUCUGGAAACUUGUAAUGCUUGUCACAGCCUCGCACACAUGCAGCGCUCUUUGUCAUAUCUCUACUUUCUUCUAUCAGCGUAUGAAAACAUGUGAGGCUGACUAGCAUGCAUGCAGGGGUCUCAUGUGGGAUAGAAUACGUGUCAGCAGCAUAUGUAUCCGUGUUCUAUAAGAAGACUGUAAUACCAGAUGAAUGCUUGAGGUGGAAAAGUGGAGAAAGAUAUUUCUCCAUCCAGCAGCUGAUAUGAAGGCAGCUUUGUGACCAAUCAGGAAGAGUGUUGGAGUCAGUGAAGUCACCUUUUUAGCAUGCCUGAAAGGUUUUUCUGAACAAAUUACAUUAACUAUGAUGCAUCGAUCGUUAGUGUGGAGAUCUGGAUACAUUAUUGCUGAUGGUGUGAAGACCCAGAAUACUCUGUUCUGCUGCUUUAUCCGCCCCCGCUGGUCGACGACACAUAAUGUACACGGGUGGAUGAAUUAAGAAACAAAAGCCGGCAUUUCUGUCAUACAAAAACACGGAUUAGAUAAAUUAGUAAUUGUUUAAAGUUUGUGUCAUUUACAGAACUCGCCUUUUAUGGUGGAGAGCAACUUCUCAGAAAAACACUGUGAUCUCAUGCAGCUUAGCACAUGCAGGAACAUGCAUUUUACAGGUAAAAACCCAAAGAUAUCAAAGCAGUUUGACAUUAUUGCAAACCAGAGUACACCAAUAUACCACAGCAUAAACAAAACAUGCACUACCAAUCAAAAAUUUGGGGUCACCCAGAGAAUUCCGUGUUUUCCAUGAAAACUCCCACUUUUAUCCAUGCGCUAACAUAACUGCACAAGGGUUUUCUAAUCAUCAAUGAGCCUUUCAGCACCAUUAGCUAACACAAUGUAGCAUUAGAACACAGGAGUGAUGGUUGCUGGAAAUGUUCCUCUGUACCCCUAUGGAGAUAUUCCAUUAAAAAUCAGUCGUUUACCACAUUAACAAUGUCUACACUGGAUGUAUCAUUCAUUUAAUGUUAUCUUCAUUGGAAAAACUGCUUUUCUUUCAACAAUAAGGACAUUUCUAAGUGACCCCAAACUUCUGAAUGGUAGUGUAAAUACACGAAUUAAUCCCGCGAACAUUAAAUUCAUAAAAGACUCAUUGUUGUCAAUAAUUUACAUAAAAUACAAACCUGUUGUACUUUCAUUUGUAUGAGUUUUCAUAACUCAUGAUAGAAAGGACAGCAGAGAAUAAGUGAAUUUAAUUUUCUGCCUCAUUAAGCUCAGAAUCGUUCCAGAUCCUCUCAUCUUCAUCCACCCCACACCUUUUGGUUUAAGAUAUGAAGGCAACAGACCACAUCUUAUCUGAACAAGUGUCCAUUAUUUUUAACAUUUCCAUAAGGCUUAGGAAGUCAAAUUUUGCCGUAAUCUUGCCUGUUUUAGAUGUAUUUUCAUGAGUUUUUUGGGCAAAUCAAUGACAAAGGAGAGACUGUAAAACACAGGGGGGAGGUGGGCUGGAGCCUAUCUCAGCUGAAGCUGACUCGGGCGAAGGCAGGGGACACCCUGGACAGGUCGCCAGUCUGUCGCAGGGCUACAUAUACAGACAGACAAUCUCACUCACAUUCACACCUAUGGGCAAUUUAGAGUAACCAAUUAACCUCAGCAUGUUUUUGGACUGUGGGAGGAAGCCGGAGUACCCGGAGAAAACCCACGCAUGCACAGGAGAACAUGCAAACUCCAUGCAGAAAGAUCCCGGGCCCAUGCCGGGAUUUGAACUGGGGAUCUUCUUGCUGCAAGGCAGAAGUGCUGACCACUAUACCCAUGUGCAGCCCUGGAUACCAGAUCACGUGACCUAAAUAUGUAGCGGGCGGCGGGAAUUGAUGGGACUCAGAAACACCCCCACAAUUUAAUCAGUUGUUCCUUGGAUCAUUUCUGAUGGAUAAGUCCUGGAAAGUCCACAGCGAUGGAUUUGUAGUAGGAUCACAAUCGUGAUCGUCAGCAGAGAGUUGAUGUAGUGUUCACUUGUUGUCAUGGUUGCAGUGAUGUUGUGCCGCUAUCCUUCAAUGAUACAGAAAUCUUUAACAAAUUCAUGGAUACAGACUAUAAGCUGCAUCACUGCCAAAAUCUAAUCACUUGGUCCUUGUGUCAUUUCUGACCUUCCCUGAAAGUUUCAUCCAAAUCCGUUUGUUUUUGAGUAAUGCUGCUGACAGACGGAAUAACAGAAAGACAAACCUACGCCGAUCGUCACGAAACUCCAACAUAAUUACCUCUGCCACGUUCCUUGCUGGAGUAAUAAUGUUGAACUGGUUCAAAAGUCAUAACAGUGAACACAUCUAGAAUGGCUAGAGCCUAACACUGCAGAAAUGUUUGAUGCAGCUCACUUUCCUCACAGCCAGAUAAAGCUUUUACACCCACCUGAGAACACGUCUAUGUACCUACACCGACUGUGGCCAUGCCUCACACACAUUACACAUACACAUGUGGUUCAACACAUUGCUAAUAGUUGCAUAUAGCUGGAGCUCCAUAUAAAAGGAGAUUUAGCUAACAGUAAUCAUGGGUCAGUGGUUGAACACGUCACACCUCCUCAGAGAUCUACUGCUGCAGUGUGGCGUAACUGCGGGUCACAUGACUCGGGCACUGUAUGUGCCAACCAGUCACGCUUCCUCGGGUCGUGACCCUCUUGACCUAGAAUGAGAGAUGACAGUGUUGUUGUGGCUGCCGGCAGCCUCACGCUAGUUAGUGCACUCGCUUGGGAAGGCUCCUCAUGAAACGGAGAAACUGAGUGAAAUAUUUAUGUGGCUGGGAAACAGAGCGGUGUUUUCUUAAGCAAGGAGACGUAUUACUGGACUGUGCUUGUUGAGGCACUGUGGAAAACUGAUGGAGGCAUUUGCAUCUCAUCUUCGACUCUAAAAUGAGAUUUAUGAGGAAAAUUCCACGGAGACAAAAUGUAUAAAAGUGAUCAUCUUACAGCUCUACGGGCAUGGCUGUCUGCGUGUAUUUAUUCUGAUCAUUGUGUCUCUCUGUAAACCACUGAUGCUGGCAGCUGGUUCAAAUAUUGCUUUACUUUUUACCACACGUCAGAAAAUCACAUCUUCCACAGGAAAUGUAGUACACUUCUAAAACACAAGUGUUUGUGUAACGUCUGGAAUGGAGGUAAUUGUACCUGAGGGUCACCCGGGUGUCGUCCUCAAAGGGUGGAGGCGGAAUUGGAUUCAGCUGCUGCGAAAAUGAAAUAAAAAAAUUAGAUUUCAUUUAAUUAUUUAUUCAUGUCAGCAAUGCAAUAUGGAGCCACCUGGGGUGUUGGUGUGUUUGUGUGUGUGUGAGGGGAGGUUUCAGGUGAUUAUUACCUUGGAGAGUUUGACUCAUUUGCAUGGAGGAGAAUUUAUAUAACCCCUUGAAAUGAACAUUAUGCACAAACACGUUAGUCUCUGUAGGAAGAGGGGAGUGAAAGACAAAGAAGAGAAAGAAUGAGUGAUUGCAGGAGUAGGGGGACUUCAGAGGGGUGUUGAAAGCACCCAUGGGAGAGCAGAGCAUGGCCAUGAAGUGUCUGUUCAGGACUGAGCAGGAGAAGAGGGAAGUCAGGCCAAGUGUUCAUGGUCCUCCAGAGGGUUCAUGGUGAGCUUAACCUUUUAGUCCCUGAGCCGUUUUUGAGGCACCUCCACAGCCCCGGCCGGCGGGGGCUGUAGGGACUAAGGGGUUAAUGACUUCCAGGAUCAUGCGUUUAUGUAGCCAUUCCUGUGUUGUUGUUUUUUUUUAAAAUUCUAAGCUGGAAGCAAGUCGGGACUUGAACGUGAACCUUUGUUUAGUCAAGAAGCUGCCAGCAUUGGCCAGACAACGUGCAUCCAAAGACAAGAUUUCCAGUGCUAAAAGACUGUGGAGAACUAAAAAUAAACAGAGCAUUUGAAACGUGCAGGGAUUUACUGUAGAAGCGGCUAGGCCCGGCAAGAAAAUGUGUUCAGUGUUAACCUACUUGCUCUGGAGCUCUAGUGUGCUCUUUGUGAGCGUAUUCUCAGACUCUGGAAACCCCGAUGAAACACGGUCCCAUCACUUUUGAUGUUAGCUCGGAGCAUGCAAGGAUAGCUACUUAACACUGACAACCACCCUGUAGUCGGGGAAAAGCUCCUGUGUGCCGUAAGCUACUUAUUUACCGUCCUAUCGCUUCUGCAGAAGAUAAACUGCUUUGGAACGGGGUGAACAGAGACCAUUAAGCCAUCGUUGAAAUUACAGAAGGAGUCUAUAUCUGUAUUUAGGGUGUGUUUGUAAGGAAACCCUCGCCGUCCAGUAUGGCUGAUUGAUUUGCAUAUGUUCUCUCCAUGCUGCACUUUAAAUCUCUCUGGACCAGAGUAGAACACAUGCUAGCGCUUACAGAUUAUCGAAUGUCUAACAAAGGCCGCUCUAAAAGGCUAGAACGCUCUUUCCUCUGGCUUGUCCUCCCGUUUUUUUCCAGCCUGCUAUUAGAAGCACUCAUUGGCAGAACAGUGGCCUUGGAGCUUGAUACGUUCCGCUUUGUCUCGCUGACCGACCUUCCUUUCUUCUGGAGUGAAAGCUACCACAGUGGACGAGGUGCGAUCCAGCUCUCUUCUCCCUCCUCAUUGUUCUUCAAUUACCGUACCGGCACGUGGAGUGGAUCCUGCGUUAUUUAUGGGCCCUUGCUACCACAACGCACAUAUAAUUACCUCUCAAAAGCUGUAAUUGUGCUCAUUUCUCAUGUCCGGUGCAGACAUCCACUCCCAUGCCCUCGUGGCGUCUCCAUGGAGAUUGAGAGCCAAUAGCUGGUGAAGGACAUCACAGGCCAUAGGUUGGGAGUUGGAUUGCAGGAUGUGUGUGUGUGUGUGUGUGUGUGUGUGUGUGUGUGUGUGUGUGCCGCAGACAGUGGAAUUCCGAUACAGCUCCUUGAACAUGCAUUUCAACAGAGGUGCUUAUGUUCCUUUCACUCUGAUCUUACAGUUAUGGACUUUAUAGGUGUAGCUCUGAAAAGUUAAUUAAAAUGUUUCCUGUGUCACUUUGACUUUAAUACAUUGCUCCCAAAAAUUUCAUUUGUUGAAGUACAGUCAUGAUAUCUCAGAGAUUUUUCUUUUCUUUCUUUCUGUCUUUUUUUUUUCUUCCCGGAACCGAGUGAAAAUGCAUCCAGCAUCAUCCUCCUGCUUCCCUUUGUGACUCCAGCGUUGGAUGUGAGGCGGAUUGACUAAUGAUUGAAGUGACUGCUGAGUCCGUCACCAGCAUCCUGGCAAUACAGAGUGACAGUUUGUAUGUGUUUGAUCAAUGGUGCAUAGCUCGGGGACAGAGCGGGAGCAGGGGCUGUGGCAACUCUCAAACCUCUUUGUCAAUCAAACGGCCCACGAACGGCACCCCAUGAAAUCCAUUAAAACCAAUUUAGCCAGAACUGCACAGCUCAGAGCUCCAUGAACGCUCAACCCGUGGUGAAUUAAUGAUGGAUUUUCAAAACUUUGGUGGUUUGAGUUGAUUGCUGAGUAUUAUUUCCAGGACCUGGUGUGUCAUUCAUUAUUAUGUGUUGCAAAGGGCUCUCAGUGAGGGACCAUUUAGCAUAGGUUCUAUCUGCUCUGACCUGCCAUUAAAACCUGUCUUUUUUGAAA